GUCCGGGUGGCUCUGGGCCGCCAGCACUGAGGGCUGGCGCGGGCGGGAGGAUGCCUCUGGCCGCCUACUGCUUCUUGCGCGUGGUGGGGAAGGGAAGCUACGGGGAGGUGAGCCUGGUGCAGCACCGCCAGGACGCCAAGCAGUAUGUCAUCAAAAAGCUAAACCUUAAAAAUGCCUCCAAGCGAGACAGGAAAGCAGCAGAACAAGAGGCCCAGCUCUUGUCUCUCUUGAGGCACCCCAACAUAGUCACCUACCGGGAGUCCUGGGAAGGGGAAGAUGGUUUAUUAUAUAUUGUUAUGGGCUUCUGUGAAGGAGGAGACCUCUAUCAUAAACUUAAAGAACAGAAGGGCAAACUUUUACCAGAGACUCGGGUGGUAGAGUGGUUUGUCCAGAUUGCCAUGGCACUGCAGUAUUUACAUGAAAAACACAUUCUACACAGAGAUCUCAAAACGCAAAAUGUUUUCCUGACACGAACAAAUAUAAUCAAAGUGGGAGAUCUGGGAAUAGCCAGAGUGUUAGAAAAUCAGUAUGAUAUGGCCAAUACUCUUAUUGGCACACCUUACUAUAUGAGUCCUGAACUGUUAUCUAGCAAACCUUACAACUACAAGUCUGAUGUUUGGGCUUUAGGAUGUUGUGUUUAUGAAAUGGCCACACUGAAGCAUGCCUUCAAUGCUAAAGACAUGAACUCUCUCGUUUAUCAAAUUAUUGAAGGAAAGUUGCCACCAAUGCCAAAGGAUUAUAGCCCACAACUAGUAGAGCUGAUACGAACUAUGCUUAGGAAAAAGCCUGAGGAAAGACCCAGCGUGAAGAACAUACUAAGGCAGCCUUAUAUCAAACACCAAAUCGCUUUGUUUUUGGAAGCCACAAAAGUAAAAGCAGCCAAAACUCAUAGGAAGAUGGCUGAUCCUAAACCCAAAAGUCCUGCUGUGGUUUUGUUGAAGGUGGACUAUAGUAAGGAUAAUAGUGUACCACAAAGACAUUCCUCUGAGCAAGCCAGGAAAUACAAAGCUAAUGAAGAAAAGCAUUUAAUUAAAGAUAAAGCUGUUGACAUUUGUCACUCAGAGAAAACAGCAGCCGAGCCUGAAAAAAAACCAAUAAAAAAUGAGAUGAACAACAAAAGAGCUUCCAUAGCAACAGUGAGCAAAGUGGAUAUUGAUAUUUUGCUGUCUGAAACAAGGAACUGUAAGAAUGACUGUUCAGUGCAAGAUAAUAAAAUGGGCAAUUUAAGUAUUCCUAGUGAUGCAGGAAUUAAAGUAAAACCUAGUGGCCCACAGACGGAGGACAGUGGACUACAACAAAACAUAAACCCAGGUUUGGAAGCUGAAAGUGGGGAUCCUAAAAAGUUACCUGUUGGAGUCAUAGAUGAGAGUCACAAUACUCUGAAGCUCAUGCAAACCAUCUCAGGAGACCAAAAGCAAAUUGACAAGAGUUUGGAUUAUACUGAGAAGUUGAUGGCACCUUUUGUACCUAUCAUAUUUCAGGAUGAAGCUGUUCAUGGAAAACCAGGAGGAGCUCAGGAAAAAAUCACUUCUCACUUAAAGCCUCAUAGUUCUGCCAGUGAACCCUCCCUCUCACGGCAGCGACGAAAGAAGAAAAAGGAACUAGCUGACAUUUGUUCGGAAAAGUUCAGUGCAAUUGCUUCUCAGCCUCUGCCUUCUCCACCUGAUGUGGAUGUGAAGAUUACCCAAAGCCAUGCAAAUCAACAUGUUGCUGAAGUCUCAGAUUCUGUAAAUAGCAUUAAAAACAGUCAGAUGUUAAUUUCAGAGGAUCGACCCCUGUCAGCAAGAGAGAGGAGGAGACUAAAACAGUCACAGGAAGAGAUGUUUCCUUCUGUGUCUGACGCAAAACGAACAUCACAUAAUGCAGUUGCUGAAGCAAAAUUACAUGUGGAAAAUCGUAUUAAAGUUUCUCAGUCCUCAACAGAGUCCAGUAUUUCUCAGGAAAAAAAACCAACCCAUUGCCUAUCUGAUGAUGAGAUGAGCUCUUCCACAAGCUCCACAGAUAAGUCGGAUGGAGAUUUCAAAGCAGGAAAAAAACAUACAAAUGAAAUGGAUGAUUUGGUUCAGCUUAUGACUUGGACCCUGAAAAUGGACUCUAAAGAGAACUGUGAACACCCCUUAAUCCCAACCCCUGAAUCAGAAUUCAAGUUUCAAAAGAAAUACAGGGACACUCUUAUCCUAUGUGGAAAAGCAUCUAAUGAACCCGAGGAAUUCAGAUUUGAAGAGUUUCCUUCAGAUGCCUUAUCUGGUCCUAAAAAGAUUAAGAGAAUGGUUGAAAUCUUGAGAUCUGAUGUGGUGCGAGGACUUGGAGUGAAACUUUUAGAGAAAGUAUAUGAUAUCAUGGAGGAAGAAGAUGAACUGAAGAGAGAGUUACAGUUGCGGGAUCACAUGGGAGAGAAGUAUACCAAAUACAGUGUGAAGGCUCGCCAUCUGAAGUUUCUUGAAGAUAAUGUAAAAUUUUGACCAGCAUCCACUUCUGCCACUGCUGAAAAAAGACUAAUGACCUACAGACGAUGACCAUUGGCCUCAGCCUGACCAUUUUUUCUGCUGCAACUGGAAAAAAAAAUGGAGAGAAGUGUUUGGGACUGUUGGUAAUAAAAAGAUGCAAUGAGACUGAAAGUCAGCUUGUACACGAUAGUUAUAAAAUCAGUGAUGAGAUGUGGCAGGAUUCUGAACUGUGAGAAGAAAGGAAGAAAUGCAGUAGAAUCCAGAUACCUUUUUUUUUUUUUGUGUGUGUGUGGAGGGGAGCAGGCACUGAGAAACACAUGCACAUCUACACACCCUGGUAAGGGGAAGGAUUUACAAAGUAUCUGGAGGUAUACAGAGCCAGAGCAAACAGCUGGGUAGAACUGCUAAUUAGCACCAUCUAAAUGGAGAAGUACUUUGAUAGAAAGCUGCAGCAGGCAGCUGAGCAUCUGAUUCUUAAUUUGGUACAUCACUGAAUUAAGUGGGUUGUGAACUAUCUGAAUCUAAAUGUUCCAUUUUCUUUUGUACUGCUAAGAGUAGAGAUGGGCAUGUUGAAAUGGAUUCUGAAAGUCAAUCUGAAAGAUAAAGUGAGAAAUGACAACAUUGGGAUACAGCAAAACCUCAAGCUAGCUAAAAGUGUAUGAGGCAGGACCAGGAGACUACUAUGUGAGAAUGAUAUGACCCCAACUGACAGCAAGGCAACAGGACAGCCAAGACUGCAGUGAAAAGGACUAUAUCAGAAAAGAUAUGCAAGAUCUGAACAUUCAAUCAGAGGAUGCAAAAGACUGCAACAAGUAGAGAUUAAUGAUCAGUGACCUAGUGUGCGGGCAGCCCCUUGCACAUCCAGAGUGAGGCUAUUUUGAGCUAUUAUGCAAUUGCCUCUACAUAAGCUACUCAAACUAAAUUGGGACAAAAGUUAUUUUUUGAAAUAAAAUUAAAAUGUUAUAGAAGAUGUAUGAUUUUUAGUUAAGGAUUUGUUUUUUUAAUUCAAGUUUUGCUAAAAUAUAUUCUGGAAGACUGUGCAUGUGCAGCCCUUGACAGCUUGCCAAAACUUGUUAAGUGGUCCUCCAGCCAAAAUAAUUGCCCACCCCUGCUUUAAGAGAAACCUGAAAUGUACUUCAGAUUGAAACCCCACUUACCUCCUCCCCCAUUUCAUUCUCCAGGGAGAUUAUUAAAAAUGUAACCAGAA